CGCAUUAUUCUUCGCAACGGUCGUUUCGGUCGUUUCAGUUUCAGGAUUCUGAUCAACUUUAUAUUUUAUUUAAAUUCAGUAUAAGUGCAGUGUUUAUUAAAUAUAGUUAUUUAAUGCCAAAAUGACUUUGGUAAUUAAUAACGAAAUGCUGGAAAAGUUGUCCCACGAGAUUCAGGAAAUUCGCGUUCGCGCACUGCAUGACAUUGAGAACAAAAUCAAACGGGCCUUGUGGGAACAGCAGGAUAUAAAAUUCCGUCCAACUUCGUUGAUAAAGAGCUUGAUCCGCUGGUUCGGAAACGUUCCUAUUUGUGAGGAAACAACAGCACUGGAACUGAUCUCUCUGCUGCUUACCAGUCAUCAUGGCUUGAGUAUUGUAAAUCAUUUCACCGGGAAGCGAUUGGUUACGGAAAUGGGGAAAGUUAAAUAUCUAGUAGCAGCAAAACCAGAACUUGUUGAGCUGGUUGACAAUAUAGUCCAUGUGGUGAACGAUUUGAAAAUGACAGAAAAAUCAAAUGAUCCUGAAAGUAUAAUUGAAAGUUUGGCAAGCCUCAACAUUGAAAGCAUAGACCUUACCGAUUCUCCUCGUCAAAGUUUUGGAAACACUCAUGCGAAAGGACCGCACUAUUUCACAAAGUGCUGGGAAGUUCCGCCGCCUUCCGAUGCUAAGGUUUUUAGAGAUCUGAACGAUUCUUUGCAACCGCGUGAAUCCGAUACAGUUAUCAAACAUGCUUUCAGUUAUCUUGUUAGGUCCAUCAACGACUAUCCCCCGGAAUUUUUCUUGCAACCGCCCUAUGUUUUUCAUUCUUUGCUUCAAUUGCUGGAAGCGAAGCGAGCAAGAUUGAGUACAACCAUUGAGAUGUUCCAUCGAUUGACAAUCUCAAUCCAAAAACGCCUAAAGUCUCUCCAGUUGAUCAGUAUGUACGCCUUCAACGAUCCGGCCUCAGAAAGUACAGAAGAAACAGCCAAAAAUGUACAAAUCUCCGUUCCGGCCUUUGUCCAAGAACUCUGCAAAUUAGGAAUAAGCUAUUUGAAGGAAGUUUCCGAUGACAUCGAUGUUCAAGUGUCGAACAAGAUAUUCAAUUUGCUCCAUGAACUACUUGAGCUGAUACAAAUCCAACCGUUGCCAGAUUUUUGCAUGCAUGAUUUGCGUCACGAACUGGGUUACUUGGCGAAACAUUUUCGACAAACAUGGGAAUCAAAUAGCAAAAACUUUGCUGCAAGGACAAAAUACCUCGUAACAAUAAGCAUCUUGUCGCGCUUUCUUCAAAUGUCACAAGACGUCAAAUCACCGGAAUCCUCAGAACAGGCUGCCUCCAACGACACUUGCUUCCCGCAUAAACCACACUACAAUCCGGCCGAAUUCGAAACAAUAAACUCCACAAACCAGAGGCGAGCCAUCGAAGAUGAAGACCAAAAUUGGCUCCAUGAGCUGCAAAUAGCAGCUCUGGAUUACCCGAUGAAGCACAUCUAUCCAUCGAUAUACGCACCGGUAUUGGAACUCGCUCUCAAGUCGGGUAACACGCGCAAGCUGCAGGUUCUUCUCGGAGCUGACGAGAUUCUGGCACCGGCUGUGACCAUUCUGAGACAACCAUCCGCCAUGUCCAAUGAGGAACUGGUUAUGAACGGGUUACAUGCCAUCGACUCUCUGCAUCUGCACCGUUCGAUACCACUGGUGAAGCUGCUUGUGCGAGCCGUUGGGAAAUGCCACGAUUGCUUCGAAGGCAAUCACAAACUUCGGGAUGCUGCUGAGAAAUUGAUACUCCGUUUGCUGUCUCACUCAGAUGAGCGAAUCAAAAGUGCUGCGUACGAUCAGUGUAAUGUCGUUAUGAAGGAUUUUAUCAGCUCGCUAGACGAAGGUGCUAUUCUAACGCACCGCAAAGGGAUGGCCAGGUUGGGAGAUGAUAAACUUACCUCGCUCGGAAUACCAUUAUCCGUGGAAAUUCUUAUUGAAAUCAUAUGCUUUGGAUACUGCAGCACAAAUAGGAAGAUCAAACAACAAGCAGAAACCAUUCUUUUGUUUGUGCUAAACUCUCGGACAUUUCUCCUCGAUCGAUGGAACGAUCUACUGGAUAUCAUCGCCCCUGUCCUGCCAUUGCUUCAAACGGCUGGCAUACUCAAAGGACAUUGCACGUUGUCGCGGGCUCUAUUCGCUCUGCUGCAUCCCGACUCUCAGCUCUCAGCGGCCGACUUGCUCCGAGGAAAUCUGCGUUACCUCUUUCAGAACGAUGCCGAUAUUCGCGAGGAGGCCCUUACGCGUGUGCUGUACCUCAUGAGCGUGGCCCCGAAUGCCCAUCAGUACUCACCCAAUAUCGAACACAUCCGUGACACGUUGGCUAAUGCUAUUUGUUUGACGAAAUCGCGGUACGACGUUGCCAAGCACCUGUCUGCGGAUGUGUACGAAGUAAGCGCUGUCAAGCCUCUGCUGGACACUUUGGUGCAGGAAAAUUCCGAUCCUGGGAUCAGGCGAAGUGCGCUCGUUCAGUUGAAUGCCAUGGCCGAGGAUCCUGUUCUAUGCGAGAUAAUCCACAAGGCAAACGGAUGGGCUUUUGUGAUGCAAGCCUUGGAUAAUGCCUUGCGGGAGCAACAUUUUUUGGAUUAUCCGGACAGUGCGGUGCCGGCUAUAGGAAUAUUGACGAAACUUUGUUUCACUAUACCCGAAUUUAGAAGGUUUUUGGCGGAUGAUGUGAACGCGUACUACUUGAUCGUGCGAUCACUGCUGAGUUUUCAUCAUCUACCAAUUUUCAAACCUGAUUGUUGUUCCCUUCUCUACCUGUUGCUAUUUAGUGAGUAUACUUUGGGAAGUGGUAAAACUAUUUCAGUACCGGCAAUUUGUCAAGAACUGAGGAUACCGUUUGUGUGUGAAUUCCAUUGGAGGUGUAGUCCAUUCAACGAGUUAAGCUACUUGGAAGAGAUUUUUGUGGACGUAGAAACCGUUAGGACUGAAUCGGUGGAAGGUAACAGCAUUCUACGAUUCAAUAGAUCAUGUGGAAUAGAAUGCGCCACGUCGCGAAUGCAGCAACUGAAUGCUAAUGGAAUGGAAAGCAUGAACCAAUCUGCAGAAAGCAUUCACCACCUGCAAAGCUAUCGCCAGGUCGCUUGGCAGUUCUUGCGGCUAUCGUUUGCAUGUCAAUGGUUUGAUGCUUUCGAAAACAUCUUGAUCAACGCCAAACGAUCCCGACAAACAUUAGACUCCAGCAAAGAAGAUGUCCAGCUCAUAGAUUACAACGUGCUCCCACCUCAUUUGGUGUCACCGAAGCAGGAUGACGAAGACGAUGGAGUGAUCGUGUUAGAUGAUGGCUCGCUGGAGUUCGAUCGUGCUCUGCAUCUCACCAAACAAGAUCUGAACAUGAUUCGCACAUCUCAAACAGAUGAAAUUUUCCGCAACAGUUUGAAAGCCAUAGCCACCGCUGUGUCACAUGCAGAAGUGUCCAUCGGACUGUCUGGCUUGGAAAGUAAUCUCAUCCUACCAAUGAAGGAGCAAAUAAUGCACAAUUCAAUAGUGAAACAUUUGAAGAAAUUCAUCCUGACUCCACCGAAUACACCCGCGGACGAACAGUUACUGAUCGAUGUGUUUAGUUUGCUGGGAGAUUUGAUACAAAUCGGGUACGAAAAUGUUCUGGUUUGGAUCGUAACUUUGCUGUUUGAGCAAACGAGUGUUUUCAUUCAGCUUCUUAAAUCGGAAACGUGUUCCGAAGAAUUGUUCAUGAAAAACGUUGACUUCAUUCAAAUUGUACUGCAAGCCGCUUUAGCAUGUGAGAAUUCCAAUGUGACGAGUUUGUUGAUCAACGAAGAAGGAUUUCAGAUGAAGGUCAAACGGGAACACAAUUUUAACUUGUUGAACAAACUUUUCGAAAUAAUAACUAAUCGUUUGGAUAACGAUCUCCAGAAGUGCAACAUUGGAAACGUUCUCGCGCUGAUUAGUUUGGUCAGGGUGAUCGCGUUGAGCGAUCUCAUCGAAUUCGAGAACAAAUUUCUUAAUCACGUUAUUAACAAGCUGUGCUCGUAUAUCGCCCGGAUUGGAUUAAUCACCUAUUCCGGUUCGACAAUCGUCAAAAAUUGUCUGAUGAUCAUGUCAUUGCUGUUAGACCAAAUGCGAGAAAUUCAUCUCAAAUCUAAACACUUUAAAGUGAUCGCCGUGCAAUGUAGUCAUACGAGUAUUCUGAUCCGGUCGUGUGCUUGGAAUGUGCUCGCGAAAAUGGCCAAAUACCUCUCCGGAGCCCACUCGAUCAUUAAGGAGUGCGCCUACCUACCUGGUGGAAUACACGCGUGUUGUAUUCGAACGAUCCUGGAUCCGGAAGAGGCCAGUUUGGUCAAAGAAUCCGCAGCAGGGCUGCUGAUCAAUUUAUUAUCGCACAAAGGAGACAAGGAUGAUCCUUUGCACAAAUACGUUGUCCCGCGUGAUAAGAUGAAUGGUGGUUCAAAUGACACGGAUGCCUUGGAAACGGUUUUUACGGUGUUGAAGAAGCAUAGGUUUUUCGAGCAAUCUCUCGAAUCGCUGCAGAACUUCACCACUCGCGAUGAAAUGGAUUUGGGAGAAUUCCAAGGAAUCCAGGUGGUGACCUGCGAUGUGGUCAAAAGCUACAGUAUGAUUUUCUCAUGCUUGGUAGAAUUGAAUCCGAACCUGGUAGAGCAUCUAAUAGAGAAGUGUUGUCUGCAGCGACUAAUGAACUGCGUUUCAAAUGUCCCUUUGCAUCCGGAAAAAUCUGCUCUCUUGAUGGUGUCGGAGGUGUCUAAUCUAUUGCUGCGCUGUAUGAACAAUAAGAAGGAAGAAAUUUGUGAGCUGAUAUCCCCCUACCAGGCUGUUGUUGGGGGCAUGAUUUACCUUAUGAAUGGUGACUUGUUCCAACAUUACGACGAACCAACGCUUCGCGAGGUCACCGGGAACAUCAUUCAGCUUUUGAACGCAAUGGUGGUCCACCGGAUCGGAAAUCAACUUAUCACGGGUGUUCUGUCGGAGUUGAAACUGGAACCGCUUAUGAGGCUGAUUAUCAGAGGAAUUUCCGACAGCAAACAAAAAGAAUAUCAAAUAGCUUGCCUUCGGUUUCUCACACUGCUAACGCUAUCGUCAGAAUCUAAUUCAACAUCAACCGUUGAAUUCCCAUCCUUUCUUAGCCUAAUGGAAAACGUUCCUAUCGAUCUGAAAUCCGAUUUUCCUACGGAAACAAUUCAAACAAAAACCGGACAAAAGUUCCGUCACCUGUCCGACAAUUUCGACGAUGACGAUCGUGAGAACCAAGAUCCCAAUGGAUUAAACAAACGUCGAACUCUGCCAGUGAAGCAAAAUGAAAUAGCCUCUCUUCAAACUGGAAGCGACUGCAUUUUUGCCGCCCUGAUAGAACAGUUCCAAAUCGCAUGUCUGAAGGACAAACCGGAGAAUGGUGCCCUGGUGUCGACCCUGCAGAAACGAACUCUGUUCUCCGCAAUUCAGGUGAUGCUGCGCCAGUCGGAAAGGGCACGCAAAGUAGCUCGCUCCAGACAAUUCCUAGAAAUGUUACUCGAUCGUUUGGAAGCGAUCUACAUUGGCAUUGGAACAAAUUAUGAACAAUUCAUUAAGAAAUAUGGAGACGGACGGAAGGGUCCAGUCGUGGAAGAACUUACAUUAAUAGCAGGAAUUGUAUCGGCUUGGUUUAUUCAGGACAUUCUGAUCCAUCAGGCCAAUAUCAACCACAUCUGCCGACUUUUCCUACAAUAUUGGCCGUGGAUCAGAAGCAAUCGAGAGCUGGAAGUUGCAUUUAUGAAGGCGUUGGUAAGCCUUACCGAAAACUCGAUCGUGGUGUGUAAGAGUAUGUGCAUACCUCAUGCAGAACACCCCCAUGCUAUCCUGAAAUUGACAAUUGCUACCGUCACGGCUGAAACAGGCAAAGUGAAAGGUCCGAAAACCGAGCUAACUUUGCUGCGCCUAUGCUUGAGGGUUUUAAUGAACUGCUGCUCUUGCCACGAAGGUCGUGUAACGAUCACCAAGCUCAACGUUCUGGACAAUGUGAGCAAGCUGCAUCCGGUAGUUACGAAGCUGCAGAAACCCUGGAUCAUGGUUACUAAGCUGUGGUUGGAGUUCUGGGAACUCUAUAGUCGCCAUAACGACGUUAGCGAAGUCAAACAUCUGACAGUAUUAGGAGCUCUAAUUCGUAAAUCUACGCCCGAAUUACGCCACUUUUCGUUAGAGAUUUUGCGAAACAUGUCGUUUGUCAGUAGCAACAGGCCAGCAUUGUUAGCCUCCCAGGACUACAUGUACGCGCUGAAAUCUGUCCUGGACGGUUCAGACGCGACCGAGCAGCUACUUGUGGUAAGUUCUAUAUGGAAAAUAGUCGCCAACAAUUUCAAAGGCAAGGCGGCUAUCAAGAGCAGCCCAAUUCCGCGAAGGUUAAGCGCAUUGCUCAGGCAGCGUUCUUUGCUAGAACGUUGUGAAGAUGAUGAUCUCUUUAAUGUACUUACCAUUGUGGUAAAUCUCUUAAAUGCAUAACACACACAAUCUAGGGACGUAUUUAAAUUUAUUCGCGCUUAUGUUGAAAAAAAAUAGAAAUGUACAACUAAAUGAAUUUAAAAA